AAAAAAUGAAAAAUACAGUGCAAAGUAUGUUUAGAAAGUUUGUGAAUUCGGUCACGGGUUUGGAGUUUACAAGUGGCGUCGCGAUUGUUGUCGCUGUAUCUUGCUUGUUGUACAUCAUCACAAGUUACUUUAACACCUCAGAAUACACAUUUAGCCUAGGAUCCAGCGUUUUCCUGAACGGCCAUGUUCACAAGCUCUUCUUCUACUCGUUCUACAAUAAGGAUGCGAUGCAGCUCAUCCUCAGCGCUGGGGUGCUGGUGUCCUUCACCAGUGGCUUGGAGAAGGGUGUCGGCACAGUGCGCUUUCUGUACCUGCUCUUGCUUCUCUCAGUUUGGACGGGGCUACUGCACGUCCUCCUUGAGAUCCUCCUGUUCCCUCAUGAUUCUCGGAGCUCUGUGUCAGGUUUGAUACCUACAUCUCUUUCUAUGCUGGGCAUGAUCACCAUCCGAUCCCCCAUGACGAAGGCUUUCCUUAUGGGCAUCAGCGUGCCCACUGCAUCCUUCCCCUGGUUUAUUCUUCUCAUCAUCACUCUCUUCAUACCAAACACAGUGCUUCUCUGCAACGUCCUCGCCAUCGUCACGGGAGAGAUAUAUGGUAUGGGGUGGCUCUCAGUGUUUGAAAUGUCAGAAUCCAGUGCCUCCGUUCUGGAGAAGAAGAUGCCAUUUCGGUUGUUAAGGAGGAUGGUUGGUGUAAAGUUUGUGCCUUCAUCAGCGGAGGAGAGAAGAAAAGUCUUUUAUACUAAAUGCAACCCACCCCCGGGGUCCUACCCCGUACAGGCCUACGCGCCUGCUCCGCCUCAAGCAGUGGGGGACCAGCCAAACACGUUUGAUGGUUGGCCUCAGUCAAGCUACAUGCAAGAGCAGCACGUUUUCCCUUCUCCAUUCCCUGCUCAUGGGCACGGGCACAGCCACGGACACGGUUUACAGCUCAGCUUCCUCAGCCAGCAGUUCCUGUCAGCUCUCAAAUGUCUAAGCCAGACUCAGAACCUGUCUCCUCUCUGGCUGCGCAUGGACCGGCUGUUUCAGCGCUUCAUUAAAGCCUGA